AUGGUGCAUUGUGGUUUGACGUUUCUGCUCCUCUUUUGUUGGGGCCAGACUGCUCAUUCAAAGACAUCAGACAAUUUAAGGACUCUACAAAAGAUCCUCUUCUCAAACUACAGUGCGGCCAUUAGGCCACAAUACAACCAAAGUGAACCUACUAUCGUUGGAUUAAAGUUGUUUGUCUCUGAUCUGAUUGAAGUGAAUGAAGUUCAACAAUUUAUUACCUUGUCUUGUUUCUUUAAUAUAUCAUGGACUGAUGAAUUCUUACAGUGGAAACCAGAACAUUAUGGGGGGAUACAAAAGAUGCAAGUCGAGUCUACUAAUAUUUGGAAACCGUAUUUGGAUCUAUAUAGUUCUCUUGACGACACGGACGUGUUUGGUGACGAGCGUUACAGAAUAUUUGUUUUUCAUGACGGCCGAAUCAGCUGGCACCCAACUAAAACAUUGAGAGUAGCUUGUUUAAUGAACGUUGAACGAUUCCCAUUUGAUGUUCAGGAGUGCAAUCUGACCUUUUCACCAUUGCAAUACACAUUUGAAGAAGUUCAACUCGAAGCCCGUGAUUUUUUAUCAAUUUUUUCUGUUUUUAAACGCCAUGGUGAAUGGGAGGCAGUGAACAGUUCUGUCAACGUCUUCAGUCACACCUUUGACGGAAAUAAACUAUCCAUUUUGAGGACAAGUUUGAGAUAUAAAAGACAACAUAUGUUUUUUGUUCUGAAUUUCAUGGUUCCUAUAAUCAUGUUGUCUAUACUGAAUUUAUUGACAUUUUGGCUACCUAAUGAUUCUGGUGAGAAAACCUCAUUCUCAAUAACCGUCCUGCUGGCGCUGACAGUGUUUCUCACGACUGUCAGCAGUAACCUUCCGCGGACAUCGUCUAAUACGAUAUACAUCACAACAUAUAUCACGUGUCUAUUACUUCUUAGUGGGUUGACUGUGCUCGCAACCAUUAGCAUGCUGCACUUUCACCACAGAAAUAAGGACAUGUCAGAAAGGAAUGAAGAUCGUGUAGUUGAUCUUAAUGCCAAGCGAAUCACUGGAUGCCAACGACCAAAAGCGGCCUGGAGGUCAAAAUGUGGAAACAACGGUUUAAAAAUUGAUGUUUUGAUGUUUUUGAUAUUUUUCUUGGGGUGGUGCACGGCAACCUUUUGGUUCUUUGCCUAUGUUCGUGUCCCUACAUAACAUAUUUAUAAGAAUUAAAAGAUAGACACUUAUUUAUGACAAUCUUUUCCCCAACACUGAUUUCUUAUUUUACAUAACUAAAUCGUAGCAUUCUCUGUCAGCUGUAUGUCGAGUGUAAUGCGUUCGUCGCGCAAUAUUUAUAUAUAAACAUCAAUUGACCGAUACACUUUCUCUGUGAUUGUCAUUGACAGCCGGAUUAAGGAUAGUGCUGUUAAAUCCAUCUCUCGACUAGUGGCCAUAUACAUUGAAUGUAAAUAAUGUGACAAGAUAUCUAUUAUCAAACUCAA